AUGGAAUUUGAGCUUGAACCAACCCUUGAAUCGAUUGUAUCACACGAUACUCUCAAGUGGAUUUUUGUCGGUGGUAAAGGUGGUGUUGGUAAAACGACCACGUCUUCGUCUAUCGCUGUACAAUUAGCUUUGGCUCAUCCUAAGGAUGAAUUUUUAUUAAUCUCUACAGAUCCUGCCCACAACUUGAGUGAUGCCUUCUGCCAAAAAUUUGGAAAGGACGCUAGGAAGGUGGAUGGGUUGACCAACUUGUCCUGUAUGGAAAUUGAUCCAGAAGCAGCUAUGCUGGACUUGCAGCAACAGGCAUCACAGUACAACAAUGAUCCAAACGAUCCUAUGAAGAGUAUCAUGAAUGACAUGACUGGAAGCAUCCCAGGUAUUGACGAAGCAUUAAGUUUCAUGGAAGUCUUGAAACACAUCAAGAAACAAUCAGCACCCACUGAUGCCGUAGCCACUGGCGAUGAAAAGGCCGCUACUGACAAUGGAAGCAUUGCAUACAAGACUAUCAUCUUUGACACUGCACCAACCGGUCACACUCUCCGUUUCCUUCAAUUGCCAGCUACUUUAGAAAAGCUCUUAUCCAAGUUCAAAGACCUUUCUGGUAAACUUGGCCCCAUGCUUCUGAUGAUGGGCGGUGGACAACAGCAGGACAUUUUCGAAAAAUUGAAUGAAAUUCAGAAAAGUGUCAGUGAAGUCAAUUCCCAAUUCACCAAUCCAGAUUUGACCACAUUCGUAUGUGUCUGUAUCUCAGAGUUCCUUUCCUUGUAUGAAACUGAAAGAAUGAUCCAAGAAUUGAUGUCGUACAAUAUGGAUGUCAACUCCAUCGUGGUGAACCAACUUUUGUUCGCCGACAAUGACGACGACUGUAAGAGAUGUGCUUCAAGAUGGAAGAUGCAAAGGAAGUAUUUGGAUCAAAUGAAUGAAUUAUACGAAGACUACCAUUUGGUCAAGAUGCCUUUAUUGGGAACAGAAAUCAGAGGCAUUGAAAACUUGAAGAAGUUUUCCAAGUUCUUGUUGACACCAUAUGAUCCAAAGAAGGAUGGAGCAUUAGUGUUUGAUCUUGAGGAGAAAUAG